CGUGAUCAGACUCGCUGCGCAGAGAACAUUGGUUCAACGCAAUGGACACGAUUGAUCACUGAAUUUUUACCUCAGUGCAUUUGAAAUGGAUAACAAAACAAUACCUGUGCCGAAAUGGACUUUGCUGUUAUUGUGUUUGUAUUUGUAUGGAGUCAAAUACUCAGAUGCAAUCGGUUGCUCCCAGUGCAACGUGUUCAGUCAGGGAGUUACCAACACGUGUGACAACCCGCGGCAGAUGAACGACUGCUUCGCAUGUCUCAAAACAUACACCAAAAUACGGCUCCAUAACAGACUGGGGGAGUACUCGUAUUCAGAGGUGAUCUCGCGAUAUUGCAUCAAACAAUCAGCGACUGCGUUUAUUCAGGAUGCCGGUUGCUACUACCAGAAGAACAACGGCGGUUACACUGAACGUUGCUACUGCUACGAGCAUAACUGUAACAGCCCUGCAACGACAUUCACACUGUCUUCUCUUACAGUAUUGGUGGCCAUCGGAACCAGAAUAAUCAUGUGGUGAAGGGAGAUAACUCACUACUAGCAUUACAGAGUUGACUUCCUUCGGUGUCGUCUCCUCUCCGUAAAUAUAACAAUUUGACGGAAUGACGAGUUGUGGUGAAUCGUUCGUUUUAAAGAAGCGGAAUAUUUGGGAGUUGGGCUUGGGUUGGAAUGUGCAUUCAAACUGGAUUGCAAUUUAUUUCUCCGAGGCAGCUAAACUAAUUUAGGCGUUUGAUUUUUGAAUCAUGCUGUUGAUUGAGAUACAAAUCCUUUCUGCUGUCGACAUUCACGUCUGGUGUAUUCCGAAUGAUUCUGUUGGUUGGACGCUGUAAUCAAAGUGUCAGUUUGUACAUGAAUAAAUGGAAACGAUGACAGCUAAAUAAAAAGCAAGGCGUAGAUUCACUUACUGGUUUAUCUACGCUCAACAGGAUGAUUUCAAGAUAUGUAUUAUUAGGGCCAUUUUCAACGACUGAGGUUUCUGUGGGCCACUGUAUAUAAAAUGGCCACGUUAAUGCUGUUAGAGUUGCCUCCCCUAGACCGCAUUUGGGUCUGGUCAUUAUCCGUGCCAGCUGGUUCUUUGUAUUCUUGCAUAGCUAUUUUGCCAUUAGCAGCUAAAGGGUCAAUUUGCUGACUGAUCCUUGGUCUGUCCGUACCAGACACGUACCCAUGGGCUCCACGAGUGGCAAGGAGCCUUUGUAAAAGGCCUCGCGUAUCCUUUAUCACGAGUUGACAGAAAUGAAAUAUUAUUUAAAUGCAACUCACUCCAUUUAAUUGGUUCCAUUCAGAUGGAUUAUUCCAGUGAAA